CCAGAAGUGGCAUUAUUGGGUCCUAUGGUAAAUGUCUGUGGAGCAUAAAGAAACCGCCAGACUGCUGCUCACACUGGCCAUACUGUUCGCUUCCCCACCAGCUACCGUCCGGCCACACACCCUCCUCGCUACCUUCUGGAUCGCUGAGAACCUCCAGCUGCAGCUUCUUGCCCAGACCCGAGGCCCGAGCGGAGCGUCCAGCUCAGACGAGACCUCCAUGGAUCCACUCCAGAAAUGGAAUCCGGUGAUGAUCUCGGGAUCUUCCCGGAUGCCGGCGGCAGAGACUUCGCAGGCGGGCCCAGCAGCCCCUCGGCCUUCCUGCUCGGAGCAGCUGACGGGGGCCCUGGGAAACCCACGCCCCGGCCCUGGCACCAGCCACCCUGCGCCCCUGCCAGAGGGGCUGCUCCAGCAGCGGUACCGGGAGGAGAAGACCCUGCCAGAGAGGCGGUGGGAGAAGCUGGCGCUCCCGCAGAAGAAGAAAGCAAUCCUGGGCCACCUGAGGCGCAGACACCGGGAUCACAUGGCACCUUACCCGGCUGAGCGGGAACCCAGGCUCGUUCCGUCAGGGAGCAGGGAUCAGAAUCGAUUCCGAUGCGAGUGUCGAUACUGCCAGAGCCACAGGCCCACUCUUGCCGGGAUCCCUGGGGAGAGGAGCGGGGCCCCUCCCGCGUCCUCCUGGGAGGCGCUGGUGCAGGGCCUCAGCGGCCUGACCCUCAGCCUGGGCGGCAGCCAGCCCGGCCUCCUGCCCGGAGGGGCGCUCCAGCAGCAGGAGAGGGAGGAGAAGCGCCAGCUGGAGAGGCAGCAGGAGAGCAAGAGAGUGUUCCAGAGGCUGCUCAAACAGUGGUUAGAGGAAAACUGAGGCACUGCCGGUCACGCGACGCAGGUCGGAAGGGAUUCAGACGUAGACGCGGUGUUGCCGGCUCCGGGGCGGGGGCCAGACAGUGAGCUCUGGUCGGGGGACUGCCGAGGCCUGUGCCAUCACCGCAGUCCUCCCAGUAUGACCUUGGAAGGAAGGUCCUGCUCGCUCGUGCCUGUCAUUCCUGGAUCGCUGCGAGGCGUUCUGUGGCAACGGGGACUGCGUACCAAUGGUCCUCACCUCAUCUCGUGUGGCUUCCGUGGUGCAUGUUGUCACUUUGCCACCCCGGAUCUCCGUCUUUGCUCCCUACCUUGCUGUCAGUAAGAGAUAAAAUGUCUGUGUAGUGUCAAUGCCGUGUUGCUGUCCCUGUGCUUUUGUGCCAUUUAACUGACUGCCUCUGAGAAGCAGCGCUGGGUCUGUUGAAAUGCAACGCGCCACCCUGAGGUCCAGUUUCAAGAACCGCAGGCUAAACAAAGUGUGGGGAAGGGACGUGGAAUGAGACCUUGGUGGCUCCCCAUUGUACUGUGUGUGUAAGCUAUUCUGAAUAUGAUAAGCUAAAUGUAAGUAAACGUUUCCCUGCUCCUUAACAGUCGCGUUGUAUUCCCCGUCGCGGGAGUUCCGAUGGGGCACCUCAUCAUCAAUACCAAAUAAAUGUACGUGUGAAAGAAAGUAA